AUGGAACCUCAGGCUCGACUGCUGGAGGACUCCAACGGGUCAGCCGACAUGAUUGUGGAGCUAUCGUCGGAAAAGGGCGUACAACACGGGGAUGGCAGUUCUUCGGCGGCGAAGCUCACCCAGGGCAAGAAGCGCACACUGUCCGAGGCAGUGCACGGACGCGAAUUCUGCAAGGCCGACGAAAAGGACAGCUGCCCCAGCAUAAUCGACGACGACGGCAACUCCGACGGGCUCGACGUCGACGACUUCCACCCCCCGCCACUUGCAACGUCCCCGUCCCUCCUUGUGGUGCCGAACGGGACCUAUUCGCCGGAGGCGAGGGCGCACGUUCGGCGCGCUGCUUCUGGGUUCCCGAAGCAUCGAUGA